AGGAGCAUCUUCUCCGGCCCGGGCCGGCGCGGGAGGGCUGUGUCAUGGCCUCGGAGCCCCCGGAGCCGGAGGUGGAAGAAGCUGGGCAAGUGUUCCUUUUGAUGAAAAAAGAUUAUAGAAUCUCCCGAAAUGUUCGCCUGGCUUGGUUCCUCAAUCAUCUGCAUCAAACUGUACAGGCCACACCUCAGGAGAUGCUGCUCCAGUCUGAACAGGAGUUGGAAGUUCUCAGUGUCUUGCCUCCUGGGUGGCAACCAGAUGAACCAGUAAUCCCAAGGCCUUUCCUCCUUGUACCUUCCACCCGAGUCACCUUCCUGGCUUGGCAAUAUCGCUUUGUCAUUGAGCUGGACCUUAGCCCUUCAACUGGCAUUGUGGAUGAUUCCACAGGGGAGAUCUUGUUUGAUGAAGUUUUCCAUGCCCUCUCUCGCUGCCUUGGUGGGCUGCUUCGACCAUUCCGAGUGCCUGGAUCUUGCAUUGACUUCCAGCCUGAGAUCUACGUAACUAUCCAGGCCUACUCCUCCAUCAUUGGCCUACAGUCUCACCAGGUGCUGGUACAAGGCUGUCUCUUAGACCCUUCCCAGCGGGAGGUAUUUCUGCAGCAGGUCAAUGAGCAGCUGUGCCUCUUUGAGGAUAAGGUAGCCGCCAUGUUGCAGCAGCAGUAUGAUCCCCAGAGCCAGGCAGAAGACCAGUCUCCAGACACUGGGGAGCCUCUAGGUCGGAAGGUGGGAGUCUCUAUGGUGACAGCUGACGUUGGGCUGGUCAGUAUGAUUCGUCAGGGCAUCUUGGCACUGCAGUUGCUUCCCUCAAACUCAAGUGCAGGCAUCAUUGUGAUCACAGAUGGGGUGACCAGUGUGCCUGAUGUCGCUGUUUGUGAGACGUUGCUAAACCAGCUUCGCAGUGGCACUGUGGCUUGCUCCUUUGUGCAGGUGGGAGGCGUUUACUCUUAUGACUGCAGCUUCGGCCAUGUUCCCAAUGUGGAGCUGAUGAAGUUCAUCGCAAUGGCAACAUUUGGCUCUUACUUGUCCACUUGUCCUGAGCUUGAGCCAGGCAAUCUGGGUCUGACUGUCUACCACCGGGCGUUUCUCCUCUACUCCUUCCUGCGCAGUGGAGAGGCCCUGAACCCAGAGUAUUACUGUGGCUCCCAGCAUCGCCUGUUUAAUGAGCAUUUGGUUUCCGCCAGUAGCAAUCCUGCCUUAGCCCUGCGCCGGAAGAAGCACACAGAGAAGGAGGUGCUGGCUGACCUGGUCAGCACUGUGUCCGUACGGCUUCGAGAGGGCUACAGUGUGCGAGAGGUCACCCUUGCUAAAGGCGGGGCCCAGCUGGAGGUGAAGCUGGUGCUGCUAUGGAAACACAACAUGCGCAUUGAGUACCUGGCAGUAGCACCCUGGCCUCUGGAGCCCGAGGGUCCUCGAGGAACACGGGUAGAAGUAACCAUGGAAGGUGGCUAUGACAUUCUGCAUGAUGUGUCCUGUGCGCUCAGGCAGCCCAUUCGCUCGCUCUACCGCACACACGUUAUCCGGAGAUUCUGGAACACACUGCAAAGCAUUAACCAGACAGACCAGAUGCUUGCCCACCUGCAGUCCUUCUCUUCAGUCCCAGAGCACUUCACACUUCCCGACAGCACCAAGAGUGGAGUACCUCUUUUCUACAUCCCUCCUGGCUCCACUGCCCCGGUGCUGUCCCUGCAGCAUAGUGGCUCUGACUCAUCCCAUGCCCAGUUUGCGGCCUACUGGAAACCCGUGCUGUCCAUGGACGCCAACUCCUGGCAGCGGUGGCUGCACAUGCACCGCCUGGUGCUCAUUCUGGAGCAUGACACGCCAAUUCCCAAGCACCUGCACACUCCGGGCAGCAAUGGGCGCUACAGUACCGUGCAGUGCCGGAUCUCCCACUCUUCGCUGACCUCCCUGCUGAGGGACUGGAGCAGCUUCGUGCUGGUGGAGGGCUAUUCUUAUGUGAAGCUGCUCUCCAGUGCCCCUGACCAGCCCCCCUUCUCCUUCUACAUGGUCCGCAUCAUCUCCAAGGCCCCAUGCAUGGUCCUGCGCCUGGGCUUCCCCAUUGGCACGCCAGCCCAGGCCCGGCACAAGAUCGUGUCAGACCUGCGAGAAGAGAUCCUGCGGCUGCGUUUUCCCCACCGGGUGCAGAGCAAGGAGCCUACCCCCAAAGUGAAGCGGAAAGGACUAGGGGGCACAGCAGGGGGCAGCUCUCCCUCCAAAUCCCCUACGGUGCUGGGGCCCCAGCAGGCCCUGUCCGACCGGCCCUGCCUGGUGGUCCUACACAAGCCACUGGACAAGCUACUCAUCAGGUAUGAGAAAUUGCCCCUGGACUACCGGGCCCCCUUCCUGCUGACUCUGGAACCUCCAGGCCCACUGCCCUUGGUGUCAGGCCGCUCUGCCUCUUCGAGCCUCGCCUCGCUGUCUCGCUACCUGUACCAUCAACGCUGGCUCUGGAGCGUGCCCUCAGGACUAGCCCCCGCACUGCCUCUCAGCGCCAUCGCCCAGCUCCUCUCUGUCCUCACAGAAGUCCGGCUGUCUGAAGGAUUCCACUUUGCCUGCAGUGGGGAAGGAAUCAUCAACAUGGUGCUGGAGCUUCCCAUUCAGAAUGAGCCCCCUGGCCAGACUGCUGAGGAAGAGAGACACACCUGUGUGGUCCAGUACAUCCUCUUCCCACCACACUCAACCUCCACCAAAGACAGUUUCUCUACAGAUGAUGACAAUGAUGUGGAAGUGGAGGCCCUGGAGGGAGACUCUGAGCUCAAUCUGGUGACUGAGGUUUGGGUGGAGCCACAGUAUGGGCGUGUGGGACCUGGCCCUGAGAGCUGGAAGCAUCUUCGGGCCUUGACGUACUCUGAAAUUCCGCAAGCUCUCCACCCUCGGGAUGUGGCCUGCAUAGGCUCCUUGCUGAGCUUUGAGUACCUGGUCCAGCUGUGCCAGAGCAAGGAAUGGAGCCCCCUGCCCCCGGAGCCAAGAGUUUCUGAUGGGUCAGAGCGGCGGGGACAUGCCUGUGUCCACGAGAUCCCUUUCCAUUUUGAUCUUAUGGGACUGUUGCCUCAGUGCCAGCAGCUCCAGAUGUUCUUCUUGCUGCUUUCCAGAGAGCCAGAGGGCGUCCCUCUUGCCGAGGGGCCCUGUCCCGCCAACGACAUGGUGCUGUGCCUGCUGCACAGCUGCCUGGGGCAGGAGUUGAGUGACCGGGAGAUCCCGCUGGCUCCUGCAGACCAGGCUGCCUUCCUGAGAGAGGUGCAGCGGCGGAGCUGCCACAGUCUGGGGCCAGAGGAUCCGCCUAUGGGAGGCCUUGGCAUCCUGAAGGGUGAAGCCAACAGCAGCAGCCAGACCACUGGAGACUCAGUACUUUCUGCCUGGGGUACCAGUGCUCCUGAAACGCUCAAACCUCUCCUCUCUGCUCAGCCCCCUCAGUGGCGCUGCUAUGCAAGGCUGGUGACCACCCAGCACGUGUUUCUGACUUUCCUCCCAGCUACCUUCUCAGAUGUCCUGUAUCUGGCUGCUUGUGGCCUAGAGGGACCUUGUCAAGAGGACACAAAACCUAAGUUUGGGGAUUGGAGUGGGGCCUCCAGCCUGAAAGAUCCUGGAGAAUCUGGGGUCAGGGCUCCCAAGGUCCAGGUCCCCACCGUCAGUGUCACCCCAGCUGGUGGUGAGGCUGCUGACUCUUCAGAGGAAGCAGUUGACUUGGAAGUCUGUGGAGGCCUUGGAGACCGUGUGACCCCUUCUCCCUCAGACGGCACCCAGCGUCUAGAAGAGCUCAGCUCCCCUUUCCAUCGGGACUCCCAGGCAUGCACUGGCCGCCUGGCUCCACAGACUGAUGGUGCAGAUGGACCUCGGACCCGAUGUCCUGUCUACAUCUAUAGCUGUGCCCUGGAAGCACUGAGGGAGCAAAUGGUUGCUUUGCAGCCCCCUCAGAUGCCCCGGGACCUUGUCUUCCAGACUCAGUUCCUUGACCAACCCUCCCCACCCUCGGCCUGGAUGGAGCCCCGGUGCAAGGAGGCUGCCAACCACUGUGCCUUGCUGCAGGAACAUGCACAGCGCUGCUACGUUCGAGGACUGUUCCGGAGCUUGCAACAGGCACAGAGCGUGGCAUCCCAGGACCUGCUGCUCGCAGUGGAUGCCUGUGAGGAGCUUCUCCAGGAAGUCGACAUCACCCCUUUCCUGCUCGCCCUAUGUGGCCACACCCGGGCUCUGCCCCAGGCACCCCCGAGCCCUGGGCCCCUCAGCCCUGGGCUCUUCAGCAGCAGCAUCGAGGAGGGUCCUGAGCCUCGGGAACGAGCCAUCCUGGCUUCAGAGUCCAGCAUAGAGACCGAGGAUCUAAGCGAACCUGAGUUUCAGAGUGCACGUGGUACUGGUGCUCUGGACCCUGGCCUGGAGAUCUCCCUGGCAGAUGUCUGUCAGCUCAGAGGGGAGGCCCACAGUGCCCUGCACAGUCUCAUUCAGGAGAAGUUCCUGGAGAUCAGUGGCCUCCACUUCCGCACAGUGCCCUCCAACCCCCACUACUUCUACUACUGCCCUCCCUGCAGUCGGCGGGAGGAUGAGGGUCCCCGGGAUGCAGUAGACAGAAAAGUCAGUGACCUGGAAUUUUCUGAGGCUGAGCUCCUGGGAGAAGAAGGAGACACAUCUGCUGGCUGUAUAGUCACAGAGAGUGACCCCGAGCUGGAGGUGGAGUACCGGGAGAGCCGGGAAGCCGAGCUGGGGCCUGUGGGCCUGGACUCUGCCUCACUCUCAGACGCAGACACUGUGAACCCAGAUGAGGACUCCUUCAGCAUCCUGGGGGGCGACUCGCCCACGGGGCCCGAGAGCCUCGUGCAUGAUCUACCCCCUCUCUUUCUGCACCUCACAUGCUCCGUGCGGCUGCGCGGGCAGCACAGCUCGGUCCCCGUGUGCAGCCUGCCCACUUGCCUAGGCCAGGUGCUGGCCAGUUUGGAAGGUCCCCCUGUUGGAGGCCGAGUGCUCCUAAGGGACCUGAGUGUCACCCUGGAUGUCUUCGUGCUGACCUUGCCCCUGGAAGUGGAGCUGCCCCCAACCUCAGACCCUCAGCACCACCGGUCAGCCUCUGAGAGCAGCACUUCAUUCCCUCGGUCUCCUGGGCAGUCAUCAUCUUUGAGGUCAGAUGACGGUCUGGGCCCCCCACUACCAGCCCCAGAAGAAGAUAGGCACCCUGGACUGUCCAGUUUGGCCACCCCCCAUAGGCUGGCUAUUGAGACCACCAUGAGUGAGAUUCGCUGGUUACUGGAGGAUGAGAUGGUGGGGGCACUCCGAAGAGGGGGCCUCCCCCAGAGCGCUGCCCUGCAUCGUGCUGCUGCCCACAUCCAUAGUUCUCCUGGACGCUCUACCUGCCUUCGCCAAACCUUGCCUCUGAGCUUUGUAUUUGGACCAGAACGAUCCCUCACACAAUUUAAGGAGGAAUUCCGCCGACUCCACCUCCCUGGCCAUGUCCUUCUUGAGGACCCAGAGAGUGGCUUCUUCUUCGUGGCAAUAGGCCAAGAGGCAGACAGGACUCCGGGAGAGCUCCCCUCAGCAGCCUGGGCUUGGCACAGCCAUGAGGCCGAAAGUGUGGAAGUGGGGGAGGCCCUAAUAUCCAGCCCUCCAGCCCCUGGCUCUCCUGAGGAUUCUGAGGUUCCCCCUCUCAUCAGUCCACCCAGCCUGCUACAGGGAGGGGGCCAGCCAGAGCCCAGCCGAGGACUGAGCCUUAUGUCCAGUCAGGGUAGUGUGGAUUCAGACCAGCUAGGCUAUGAUGGCGGCAGCAGCGGCUCAGACAGUGAGGGUCCCAGUGAAGCCCUGGGCGAGAAGGCCCCCUUCGUACUGCGAAGCCCCCCUGGACUGGUGCCUCCACAGCCUGUGCUCCCAGGCCUCCCUGGUCCCUGCCUGCCUGACUUCUGGCUCAUUGUGCGGGUGCUACAGGACCGUGUGGAGGUCUACGCACAUGCACGGAGCCUGAUUCGGGAGGAUUGUGGGCCAGGCUCUGAGUGUCGCCAUCUGCAGCAGCUCCUGGUGAGGCGAGUUGGGGAGAUCUGCAGGGAAGUCAACCAGCGGCUGCUACUCCAGGACCUUCAUGACAGUCAUGUGUGCAACUCUUUGCUGGUGGCCGAGAGUGAAGAGGACUUGUGGCGAAGCGAGACCCUCUUCCACUCUCGUCAGCGGGCCCCGCUGCCCAGUGAUGAUUAUGCUGCUGAUGAGAGCUGUGCACCCCGUGGGUACCUGGCCGCCACAAUGCAGUUUGUCCCUGGCCAUUUCUCCUGUGAUGUUGUGUGGGGAACUGUGAUUCGAGUCCACUCACGCCUUAAAAUGGGGCCCAGCAUGGGGGUCUCUCGGGCCAUCCAAGCCCUGCGCUCUGUGCUCAAUGCCUUCUCCGUGGUGAACAGGAAGAACAUGUUCGUGUAUCAGGAGCGAGCAACAAAGGCAGUGUACUAUCUCCGGCUUUUGGAGACGUCGUGCAGCGAGCGGCCAUGGGAUGGUGAUGCCCUGCCCCCAUCACUUGCUCUGUCCCGAAGCCAGGAACCCAUCUACUUAGAGGAAGCCUCGGGUCCUCGUUCUCCCCUGGACAUGGUCACCAGUCGUAGCUCUGACACUGCACGUCCCGUGGGCCAAGUGGACAGGCACAUCCAGCUGCUGGUGCAUGGUGUAGGGCAGGCAGGUCCUGAGAUAACAGAUGAGCUUGUGCGGGUUCUGCGCCGGCGCCUGGAUGAGGCUACACUGGAUGUCAUCACGGUCAUGCUUGUCCGGAACUGUAAACUGACCCCCGCGGAUGUGGAGUUCAUACAACCCCCUGGAAGCCUCCCUUCUGAGGUGUUGCACCUGGCCCUGCCUCCCUCCUGCCGGCCCUGGCUCCCAGCCCUGGCCUGGUACCUGCGACAGAACUUGCUCAUCUUCCUGCACUCCCCCAAGUACACCGACAGCAAUAGCCGGAACCACUUCCAGCAUCCUCUCCCACCACAGGGUGGCCUUCCCGACUUGGAUAUCUACUUAUAUAACAAGCCUGGGGGACAGGGCACUGGAGGCAAAGGGGUCGCCUGUAUUACGCUAGCCUUUGUGGAUGAGAGAGGGUUCCCCAUCUCACUGGCUCCAUGGGCUGCCUCUCCUCCGGGGUCUCCAGACCCACUGCAAGAGGAGGAUUUUGAACAGCUGACCCAGGUUAUUCGCUGCCCACUCGGACCAGACAGUUCUUCAGCUCUAGAUGGGGCCCCGCGCCUUCGCCUGGAUGUGUGGGAGAAGGGAAACAUCAGUAUUGUGCAGCUUGAGGAGAAGCUUCGAGGGGCAGCUCGCCAGGCCCUGGCUGACGCCAUCCUGGAACUGCAGCUGCUGCCUGCCCCCCUGUGCACAGAAGACAUGGCCCCAGGAAGUCUCCGGAGUGGGUCAUUGGAUACCAAGAGCCCAGCAGGUCGGGCGAGCACCUUCCCCCCCAGUCCUGGCCCUGGCGAGCCUGUGACUCCCCCCAGCAAAGCUGGUCGCCGGAGCUUCUGGGAUAUGCUGAGUAAAACAGAGUGUGGAGACUUGGGUUCCCCCAAAACAACGGACGACAUUGUCCUGGAUCGGCCAGAAGACACACGGGGUCGGAGGCGUCACAAAACUGACAAUGUUCGGACUCCAGGUGGAAGUGAGCGGACACCAGGUGCAGAUUCUGGAACCCAGAGGCCAAAACGCCGGACCACACAGCUUGAGGAGGGCGAGGUAGGGACCCUGCAGCCUGUGUUUGCUCACGUCACUCAGCGCUGGAUGGAGUUCAUGGUCCAGAUUGGUUGCGCAUCUGUUUCCAAGAGCUCCAUCCACAUGGUAUCCCGCUUCCUUCUCCCAUCCAUCCUGUCGGAGUUUAGUGCUCUGGUUACCUCGAUGGCCGGAGACACCAGAGUCUGUGUCUUCGAGCAGCAUAUGGGUUCAGAGCCUGCUGUCUUCAGCCCCUGUUCCCUUGGACAGCUGGGCCCCACGCCCCACCCAGCUGCUGAGCGGCACCUUCUGCUUCUGGGAAGGAACUUCCUGCAGUGGAGGCGACCAACCCAGCAAGCUGCCAAAAAUAUGCAGCGCUUUGAGCCUGGCAGUGAUGGAAGCCCGGGGCGAAAUGCUCCCCGACAGAGGUUCUUGCUGCUGGAGGUUGUGGACAAGAAGCUGCAGCUGUUGACCUACAACUGGGCUCCAGACCUGGGUGCAGCGCUGGGCCGUGCACUGGGUCGUCUGGUGCAGUGGCAGAAUGCACGCGCCCACCUCAUCUUCUGCCUCCUCAGCCAGAAGCUUGGCCUCUUCCACCACUACGGGCAGCUGGACUUCCCUGUGCGGGAUGAGAAGGACCCAAACCCAUUCCUCCUGCCGACCGUGGAAGCAGAGUCUCUCAUCCGGAAUGCCAGCCCCCCACUGAGCCGAGAGCAGGGCCGGCUAAGCGGGGCCUCUCGGGGCGGGGGCGCCCUCGCCCUGGACACAUUUCCUUUUGAUGAGGCCCUGAGGGAUAUCACUGCUGCCCGCCCCAGCUCCUCACUUGGGCCUGUGCCCCGACCCCCUGAUCCUGUCACCUAUCAUGGACACCAGUUCCUGGAGAUCAAGAUGGCAGAGCGCAGAGAGUUGGAGCGCCAGAUGAAGAUGGAGAACCUGUUUGUGACCUGGCAGCAGCGGUCAGCCCCAGCCAGUAUGCCCAUCAGUGCUGGGGAGCUGGAAACCCUGAAGCAGUCAUCCCGUCUGGUGCACUACUGCGCCACAGCCCUGCUCUUCCACCCCGCUGCCUGGCUGCAUGGCCCUCCCGAACCCUCGGCACCUCCUGAGGGCCAGCGGAGGCGGCCUGAGUCGGGUUCUGGCAGCCGAGAGGCCCCUGCGUGCUGCGAAUCUUCAGAUGCAACCCCACCAGGGCCCCGUGAGGAGCCCUGGCUGAAGGAGCUGAGCUUGGCUUUCCUGCAGCAGUAUGUGCAGUACCUUCAGAGUGUGGGCUUUGUGCUGGUGCCACUGCGCCCUCCCUCGCCUGCUCGCAGCACCAGCCGGCUGCGGGCCAUGGCCAUCCUUGGGACAGAAGGUCGAGGUUCCUUCUCUUGCCCCAAAACCAAGACUGAUGGGAGCCCCAAGAGUACCAGCUCUCCAGUCACCACCUACCACCUGCAGCGGGCACUGCCUGGGGGCAUCAUCCUCAUAGAGCUGACAUUCCAGGGCUGUUACUUCUGUGUCAAACAGUUUGCCCUGGAAUGUUCCCGAAUCCCCAUGGGACAAGCUGUCAACUCUCAGCUGUCCAUGCUGUUCACGGAGGAGUGUGACAAGGUGCGGGACCUGAUGCACGUGCACUCAUUCAGCUACGACUUCCACCUGCGCCUGGUGCACCAGCAUGUGCUGGGCACCCACCUGGCACUGCGCCACGGCUACCACCUGACCACCUUCCUGCGCCACUUCCUGGUCCAUCACCCUGAUGGGCCCCACUUUGGCCGUAAUCACAUCUACCAAGGGACACUGGAGCUCCCCACGCCACUCAUCGCUGCCCACCAGCUGUAUAAUUACGUGGCUGACCAUGCCAGUUUCUACCACAUGAAACCACUAAGGAUGGCCCGGCCCGGGGGCCCGGAACAGAAUGAGUAUGCCCUGGUGUCUGCAUGGCACAGUUCUGGCUCCUACCUGGACUCGGAGGGACUUCGCCACCAGGACGACUUUAAUGUGUCUCUGCUCGUCUGUCAUUCUGCUGCACCUUUUGAGGAGCAAGGAGAGGCCGAACGGCAUGUUCUGCGGCUGCAGUUCUUUGUGGUGCUCACCAGCCAACGUGAGCUCUUCCCCAGACUUACAGCAGACAUUCGCCGCUUCCGGAAGCCACCCAGACUGCCCCCUGAGCCUGAGGCUUCUGGGACUUGUUCUGGUAGCCCUGGGGAGGCCUCUGGUGUUGGUCCGGGCCCUGGACUGGCUCCUCUGUUCCCUCCAUUGGCUGCAGAAGUGGGCGUUGCACGGGCGCGGCUGGCUCAACUGGUGCGAAUGGCAGGAGGGCACUGCCGACGGGACACCCUCUGGAAGCGCCUCUUUCUGUUGGAGCCCCCAGGGCCUGACCGGCUAAGGCUCGGGGGGCGCCUAGCCCUGGCCGAGCUGGAGGAACUCCUAGAAGCAGUUCAUGCCAAAUCCAUUGGGGACAUUGACCCCCAGCUGGAUUGCUUCCUGUCCAUGACGGUCUCUUGGUACCAGAGUCUGAUCAAGGUUCUUCUGAGCCGAUUUCCCCAGAGCUGUCGCCAUUUCCAGAGCCCAGACCUGAGCACUCAGUACCUGGUUGUGCUGAAUCAGAAGUUUACAGACUGUUUUGUGCUGGUCUUUCUGGACUCUCACUUGGGAAAGACGUCUCUGACAGUGGUUUUCCGAGAGCCCUUCCCUGUUCAACCCAAGGACAGCGAGAGCCCCCCAGCCCAGCUGGUCUCCACCUACCACCACCUCGAGUCUGUCAUCAACACAGCCUGUUUCACCCUCUGGACCCGACUUCUCUGAGGAAAUCCUCCACUCACCAACUAACACGCCUCACCGCCAGGGGCUGCCCUCCCCAGACUCACAGCUGCUGGCCAGCCUAGCAUUCUGCAGGGUCAGAUCAGUUCCUCUCAAGUCACUGGGCCCUUCCAGCAAGACUUUCCCCGCUCCCCUAACCGCAGGCACUCACCCCUUUGAGUUCCCUGCCCCACCUUAUUUCCCUCUGGCCUCCGUCUCCCAUUUGGACUUGCCAGCAGGACAUCACCAUGACAGUGCAGUGCCCAUCUCAGCGUGCCUUUAAUACCUGGGACCACAGGCAAGUCCUCUGCUGGGACCCUUGGCUUCUCGUCUGGAGAUGAGGAGAGCCGCAGCACUUGCACCCUCCCGUGGCAGCGCCGGCACAGACUGGAGGACCAUGUGGGAGAUUAGCCCUUCCCCACAGGAGGGUAAUGGCCCACAGAAACUGAAGGAUUAGACACUGUGUGUCCUCUCCCCAAAUAACAAACACAGAAAAAGGUU